GGCCCGAAAAUAACUUCACGCCCCCCACGCGAAUCGCUCCUCCUCCCCCCUCGCCUCACGCCCCGCAUUCUCCCACUCCCUCCCUCCGUCACCUGCUCUCCCGAGCCCCACGGCGCGGCACGGCUCGGCCGAGAUCCACCGUUCCACCGGCCGGCACACUGCAUUCACCGGCCGUUUCUCCCCGUUUGCCAGCCGUGUUCCCCCGCCUGGCGCCGGGCUUCCUAUUCCGGAUUCGGCCGUUAAAAGGAAGGUGAUAAGGCGUGAGGUGGGUAAAAUUGGCAACCGGCGCCGGACCGCCGCUGGCCGCGGGGACGCGUCAUCCUCAUUCCCUCCCCGUUUCCCGCCGGUUUCCGGGGCGCUGCCAUUGGACGCGCAGGGCGGCGCUGCGUGUUAUAUAUAGCGAGCGCGUUGCCCGUGCUGCCGUCUUCCGCCGACGUCCUCGCCGUGCUGCGUUGAGUGGAGACGAGGCGAUUCCCUUCUUGGUGGCGUGACUGCGGCCGGAUGCUCUACGCGUAGGGCCGCCGGUGCGUGUUUUUGUGGGGUGCAAGGCGACGGCGGCGGCGGCGGCAAUGGGCCUCAAGGCGGGCGGGGCGGGCAAGCUGAGGCUCCCGUCGGUGGUGGCUGCGGUGGCGCGGUCGCGGAUGAUGAAGCUGUGGGUGCUCCGCGCCACCUCCACGGUGCUGCUCUGGACCUGCCUCGUCCAGCUCACGGCCGUCGGGGAGACGUGGGGGCCGCGCGUCCUCAUGGGCUGGCCGUCGUGCCGGACGGCGCGGCUCGCGAUGACGGAGCCCGUCGUGGAGAAGGCCGUCCUGCCGACAAGGAGAAUUUAUAGGAACAAUGGCUAUCUGAUGGUUUCAUGCAAUGGUGGGCUUAACCAAAUGCGAGCAGCCAUAUGUGACAUGGUUGCCAUUGCAAGAUAUUUAAAUGUGACUCUGAUAGUUCCGGAGUUGGAUAAGACGUCAUUUUGGAAUGACCCAAGCGAGUUUCAGGAUAUAUUCGACGUUGAACAUUUCAUAACUUCUCUGAGAGGCGAGGUUCACAUACUCAGAGAAUUGCCUCCAAGAAUGAAGCAAAGAGUGGAAGUGGGGAUGUUUCACUCAAUGCCACCUAUUAGUUGGUCAGAUAUCUCCUAUUACCAUAAUCAGAUACUUCCUUUGAUUCAGAAACACAAGGUUCUCCAUCUAAACCGAACUGAUGCCAGGCUUGCAAAUAACGGUUUGCCCCUGGAUAUCCAGAAGUUGCGUUGCCGAGUUAACUAUGCUUCACUGAAGUUCACACCUCAAAUUGAAGAGUUGGGCAGACGAGUGAUUCAAAUUCUCCGUAAAAAUGGCCCUUUCUUGGUUCUUCAUUUACGAUAUGAAAUGGACAUGCUGGCGUUCUCUGGCUGUACUGAAGGUUGCACGCGUGAAGAGGCAGAUGAGCUCACCAGGAUGAGAUAUGCUUACCCAUGGUGGAAAGAGAAAGUCAUUGACUCGUAUGUGAAAAGAAAAGAUGGCUUUUGCCCAUUAACGCCCGAGGAGAUUGCUCUUGUCCUCAGAGCAUUGGAGAUUGACAGAAGUAUGCAAAUAUAUAUUGCGGCUGGAGAAAUAUAUGGCGGAAAACGCAGAAUGGCUUCUCUUACUUCAGCAUAUCCCAACGUGGUGAGAAAGGAGACGCUCUUGGAACCGUCUGACCUCAGGUUCUUUCAGAACCAUUCGUCGCAGAUGGCAGCACUCGAUUACUUGGUGUCACUGGAAAGCGACAUAUUUGUUCCAACAUACGACGGCAACAUGGCUAAAGUUGUCGAGGGACAUCGCAGGUUCAUGGGUUUCAAGAAAACAAUCUUAUUGGACCGAAAACUUAUUGUUGAUCUAGUCGAUCAGUACAAGAGCGGCUCAUUGCCGUGGGAUGAGUUCUCUAAAUUAAUCAAGUCCGUCCAUGCAAACCGGAUGGGAUCAGCUUCGAGAAGGACGGUGAUCCCUGACAAGCCCAAGGAAGAGGACUACUUCUACGCUAACCCUCAAGAGUGUUUGCAUGAUCCCGAUCUUCUACGGACCUUGUGACAUUUUUCCUGCCGGCACAGGGUGUGCCAGCUCAUGCCAUUCUUUCACAACAUGAAAUGAUCACAUGGCUGAACUGGGAUUACACAUUGUUUCUCUCCGCACUCGAGCCAAAUGGCAAGGCAUCCUGAGGAGUUGAGUUUGUGCUAAAGAGGAAGGCAGAGAGAUAGGAGCUGCUCACUUGAAUGUGUAGAUGUUAUAGAAUGGGGGGAUAGGUUCUGAAAGGGAGCUGAUAUUUUCUUGUAUAGAUGUCGAGGGCAAGACGUCACACUUAUCAUUCUACAGGAACGUUGUUAUGUUGCGGUUUUCGCUUUGUCUAGACCCGAUUCCUACAGAUUGGCAGGGAAUUUUAGCCCAGUUUCUCUGUCCAUCCGGUGGAACUGUGGCGGAUCCAGUGUGAUCCAAACAGGCCCCGAUGAAAUUGUGACAAAGAAUAGAGACAGCAUUGCAUAGCAAUCCUCUUCUUUUCCUCUGUA